AUGUGCACAACAGAGUGUAACAGCACUCAGAAUGUAACCAUCAGUAACCAACAGUUGCAAUUGGUCAGCUCUGUCCCAUGGAGGAUGCAUUUAACAUUCGCCAUAGCCCCGAUUUUUGUGUGGCCUUUCGUCUACAUCAACAUACUCAUGCUUUUCACCUUCUACCGGAAACAGUCUUUCAGAACUGAAACACGUUACAUAUUGUUUGCACACACCUUACUGACUGACGUGAUUUUUCUUGUGCUGACCGAUUUUGUGGUCAUUCUCUCCUACAGCUCUGUGCUGAUGCCGAUGGCAUUCUGUAUUUCAUUUUGCAUGCUCAUGGAUGCAGUCACAACCUGCACACCUCUAACCAUCACAGCAAUGUGUGUGGAGCGCUAUGUGGCCAUCUGCAUGCCACUGAGACACAGUGCUAUAUCCACCACCAGCAGAACUCUUACUGCUAUCCUUAUCAUCUGGAUCAUAAGCUACAUUAAGCCAUUUGUGGAUGUGUUUAUCCUUGUUGCAACUGAUUCAGAGGAAUAUUUUUUAGAGCCUACCUUCUGCCAUUAUGAGAUCAUGAUGCCAGAGCAAUGGCACCGUUUAAUGAGGAGUAUUCUAUAUGUUACUGAUUUUAUAAUAAUUUUACUCAUCGAGUUAUUUUGCUAUUUGAUGAUUGUGCUCGCUGCCCGCGCGGCCUCUGUUGACAAGAAAUCAGCAGGAAAAGGUCUGCGCACCAUCUCCCUGCAUAUGCUUCAGCUUAUGCUUUGCACCUUUGAGAUUGUUUGUCCAUAUAUUGAAGCAAUGGUCAUACAAAUAGACAUUCAGUUAUAUCUGUCAGUCCGCUCUUUCAACUUUUUUACAUUCAAUGUCAUUGCCAGGGCAGUUAGUACACUUGUCUAUGGCCUAGGAGAUGAGAAAUUUUGCACUGCUAUGCUAUACUAUGUAAGGUGUAAACAAAAUUACAUCUUAUCUGAAAACAAAGCACCAAACACCUGA